AUGUCACGUAAUAAAGCUGAUGUUCAAGAUUCAUCAUCCCAUCGUGCUAUUGUUAAAUUUGUUUAUAUUAGCCAAUCUACUGUUUCGAACAUUGUCUAUAAUUGUACCACUCUUUUCUAUAUAUAUAUAAAUAUGAAAAAUAACGUAAUCAGUCAUACAUCAUACACCUGUUUUGAAGAUUUAUCAAAUGAACUUUUGUACGAAAUAUUGGAAAAGCUUGAUACUUGUGAUAUAAAUAAAUCAUUUUCAAAUCUUAAUAAUCGCUUACAAAACCUUAUCAAUUCUUCGUCACUUUUACUUGUAAUAAAACUUGAUUCAAAAUCAAAAUCUUUAGUCGAAGAUCAUUGUCAACAUGUUAUUAUUCCAAAUUCACAUCGUAUUCGUACACUUAGUUUGGAUGAUUGUCCGACUGAUCCAUCACUAAUUGAUACGUUCUUCAAACAUUGUACUAUUGAUUCAUCAUUUCAACGUCUUAAAUAUAUUAAUCUUUAUAGAGUCAAACAAGAGACCCUACUUACGAUUCUUCUUGAUUCAAAGUCUUUACCUCGUCUCUCUUCACUAAACAUUCUUAUGAGCUAUAAAAAUUAUCAUGAUCUUGAUCUUGUAAACAUUUACCAAUUAAUUUUUUCUUUAUCUACAUUAGAAUAUAACAGACUAUGUACACCUCGUAGUAUAUUACCAAUUUAUAUUCCACAUGUAAUCAAUCAACAAUUUAGUACAAUAGAAUAUUUGGUUAUUGAUCAUUGUUGUACUCUUAAUGAACUAAAUUCUAUACUUCAACACACACCACAACUUCGUCGUCUGUCUUGUCAUGGUGUGAUUGAUUCAGACGAAGAACUUAAAGAAGAUCUGUCAUUGAAAUUACCACAUUUAAAGUCUAUUUGUUUUGAAACUUGUGAUGCUCCGUUUGAUGAAUUUGAAGUAUUUAUAAAGAAAAUAUCGUCUCAACUACAAAUAGUCAGUAUUAGUAUAUAUUGGAAUAAAGAUUAUCUUGAUAGUAAUCGUUGGGAACGAUUAAUUAAAGAAUAUAUGCCUCAAUUAAAAAAAUUCUACUUUCAUUUUAAUCAACAUUUCGAUGACGAUGAUAGACAGAUAAAUUUAAGUGAUUCAACUGAUGAAUUCAUUAAUCAAUUUAAUUCACUAUUCUGGAUUGAACGAAAAUUGUUUUGUGAAAAAAAAUGGAUCGAUCUUCAUGAACAUAUGAAAAGUGACCAUCGUAUUAUACGAUUGACUAUCCAGGAUUCUCAAUAUACCGAACUUAAUUGGGAAUUUAUUAAUAAAGUAAAAUCUACUUUUAAAGCAAUUCAAUUUACCCAUUUAGAGAUAGAAUAUGACAACAUGUGUAUUCACAUGUUACUCGAUAUUUUAUCUUCAUUGCCAAAUAUUGAAUCAUUAAAACUGUCAUUUACACCAAUACUUGACUUAGAAUCUGUAUUUAUUGAGGAUACCAAAAAUUAUCUAUCAGUAUUGGCUAUUAAUAAAAUAACAAAAGUCAAACUUGGUCAAGUUAUAGAAGAACAAGAAAUUCAAUUUUAUAUCAAUCUUUGUCCACAUAUGCAAUAUCUUCAAGUAGAAUCAAGAUUGAGUGACGAAAGUAUAUGGUACACCUGUUUUGAAAAUUUAUCCAUUGAACUUUUGUACGAAAUAUUGGACUAUCUUGAUGCUUAUGAUAUAUAUGAAUCAUUUUCAAAUCUUAAUAAUCGCUUACAAACCCUUAUUAUUUCUUCGUCACUUUUACUCCGAAUAAAACAUGAUUCAGAAUCAAAACAUUCGCUCGAAGAUCAUUGUCAACAAGUUAUUAUUCCAAAUUCACAUCGUAUUCGUUUCCUUCAUUUGUAUGAUUUUUCGACUGCUCCAUCACUAAUUGAUACGUUCUUUAAUCAUUGCACUAUUAAUUCAUCAUUUUAUCGACUUGAAUCAAUUAGUCUUCAUAGAAUCAAAACAGAGCAACUACUCACAAGUCUUUGUUAUUUAAAAUCUUUACCUCGUCUCUUUUCACUAAGCAUUUCUAUAAGGAACACAAUGAAUGAUAACUACUAUGAUCUUGGGAACAUUUAUUCACUAAUUUUUUCUUUAUCUUCGUUAAAACAUAACACAUUAGGAACAGUUAUUGAUAAAUUACAAAUUAAUAUUCCACAUGUAAUCAACAACAGAUUUAGUAUAAUUGAAUAUAUGCAUAUUAAUGAUUAUUUUACUCUUAAUCAACUAAAUUCUCUACUUCAUUAUACACCACAAAUUCGUCGUCUGUUUUGUCAUGGUGUGAUUAAAUCGGACAAAAAAUUCAAAACAGAUCUAUCAUUGAAAUUACUACACUUAAAAUAUAUUUGUUUUGAAGAAGUUUCUGUUUCAUUUGACGAAUUCGAAGUGUUUAUUAAAGAAAUAUCCUCUCAAUUACAAACGUUUAGAAUUAAUAUAUCUUCAUAUAAAAAUUAUCUUGAUGGUAAUCGUUGGGAACAAUUAAUUAAAGAAUAUAUGCCUCAAUUAAAAAAAUUCUACUUUAGUUUUCAUCAGAAUAUUAAAAAUAAUAAGAAGACAAAUUUAAUUGAUUCAACUGAUGGAUUCAUUAAUCGAUUUAGUUCACCAUUUUGGAUUGAACGAAAAUGGUUUCGUGAGCUAAAAAUAUUUUGUCAAACAAUGUACUUUUCAAUUUUUCCAUAUAAAAAAGAAUGGAUCGAUCUUCAUGAACAUAAAGAUACUGACACAUAUUCGAGACAAAAUUCAAUAGAACAUAAUUAUAUUGCUAAUCGAGAAAAAACUGAUCAUGGUGUCAUACAAUUAACUAUUGAAGAUUAUGAAGGUGUCGAUCUUAAUUGGCGAUCUAUUAAGAAAUUAAUACCUACUUUUAGAGCGAUUAAAUUUACUCAUCUAAAUAUAGAACAUGAUAGCGUGUGUAUUCACUUGUUACUCGAUAUUCUACGUCUGUUGCCAAAUAUUGAAUCAUUAAAAUUCAGAUUUAUGCUGAUAUUUCCGUUACAAUCUUUAUCUAUUGAACAUUCUAGAGAUCAUCUAUUAGUAUCGGCUAUUAACAAAAUAACAAAAGUCAAACUUGGUCAGGUUACAGAAGAAGAAGAAAUUCAGUUUUUUAUCAAUCUUUUUCCACAAAUGGAAUACCUUGAGGUACACUGUUUGUCAAAUACAGAUGUCCCAUUACUUAUGGAACUUAUUUCAAUGAAUCGCAGGACACGUAUUUCUAAUCUCUGCUAUCUGUGUUUCAAUUUUCGUAUGGCAGAUGAAAAUUUGGUUAGAACUUUAGCAAAGAUAAUCGAUUCCGAGACAGUUAAUGAUAACUAUACAAUUCAGCGUAGUGGCAACAAAAUUAUUGUGCAUUGGAAAUUAUAA